CUUCCCUCUUGUUCUAGUUCUUGUUCUUGUUCUUGUUCCAAAUUAAAUGGGAAACACAACUUCAUGUGCGCCAUCAAUCAUAGCAUCAAGCUCAGGAGUGAAAGUCUUAGCUCCGUUCAAGGGAACUCUUAAGGUAUACUCCAAGCCAAUCAAGGCGUCGGACCUCGUCUCGCCACAAGAUUCCGACCGCUUCUUCAUCGCCGACUCUACCUCUCUCGAGAUCGGUCACCGAGUCACCUCGGUCCCUCCGACCGAGUUCUUGCGCCCGAGACGUGAACUUUACCUCAUCCUCCCCACCGACAUGCUCUUCUCCGUCCUCACACACGACGAGCUCUCUCUCAUCUCUCGAAAAGCCGCCGAAACGCUCACGCUGCACCAUAACGUCACUCGGUAUAACCAUUUGAGGAGAAUGAUCUUUCCCGUUUGCAUGAUGCCGAAAGCUAGAAGAACGGUCAAAGACGACGACGAUGGUGAUGAUGAUGAUGAUAACAGUGGCGAUUGUGAGGAGAUCAGGAGCGAAACCCUAGAAGAGAAGCUGCAAGAGAUGAAGCAUGGUUCUUGGAGACCUGCUUUGGAAACUAUUGCCGAAAGCUAGUUUUGGAAAUUUUAUAGUGUAGACAUCUCUACUUCAUGUUUUGAGGAUUCCACUUCGUUGCAAUAUAAAUAAAACUGUAUGUAUAGAUGGAGAUUUUUGUUUUCUAUUUAUUUUUUUUUGGUUUGAGUUUAAGAGAAAUUAAGUGUUUUUU